GUGUGCGUGUGUGUGUGUGUGUGUGUGUGUGUGUGUGUGUGUGUGUGUGUGUGUGUGUGUGUGUGUGUGUGUGUGUGUGUGUGUGUGUGUGUGUGUGUGUGUGUGUGUGUGUGCGCGUGUGUGUGUGUGUGUGUGUGUGUGUGUGUGCGCGCGCCAGCAGGAGGUUGCGGACGGAGACAAACAUGGUCGCCCGAACACUGCCUUUAUUCUUCUACCUCCUUCUCCACUACUGCACCGCGCACCGUACGUGUUGUGCGAUUCGUCACACGCUUCCCCCUCCCGCCGAGAGAGUCGUAGGUACAAGGGCAGUUGAUACCGUCAUAAUGUCCUCACAUAUGAACGAUGUCAGUCUGGCAGUCCGGUGACGACCACCAGUGCUCAGGUGGCCGAGGCUGGCUGUUGCACUCCGGAAGACAUAUGCAUGCCCCUAUGAAGGAAGAUUUGGACGCAAGGAAGCCGUGGGAACUCAGGUGCCGUUGCGACUUGGAGACACGCGGUGUCUCCUGCUCGAACCUACGGUGGACUGGGUCAUUAAGGCGGCGUCUCUGUUGGUCUGGUACGUCUAGAAAAUGUCUGUGUCUUUUUGGUCCUUGUGCACAGCGUUGUCGCAAGAAUCCUUGGCUAGGGAGCAGUCCUGAUAGGUGGUGCUGAAGGUGUGUUCGACAACGUUUCUUUCUUACAAAACGUCAUAUUCGUUGCGUUCGCCUCGGGUUUAGUUGCCUUGCGCACUGACGUUUUCCUCGUUGCAACUGUUCUUGAUGUUGUUGAUGUUGAUCUUUGUUAUGUUGUUGCGAAGUUGUUGAUGCAGCUUAUCUAUUUGAAUAUGCCUUUGAUUGCGUGCGCAAAUUGACGUGGAGACGAAUAGGUAGCUUGUAUGUCGUUCCUUGUUGUGGGACUUGUCUGGGGGCGAGUGCAGCAUGCUAGGCUUCUUAAAAGACUCUUCCGAGACUGCUGCGACGUCAUUCAGUUUACAGGCUUUUGUCAUUUGACAGCGUGCGAUGCUGCUCGGCACGUGCGAAGCUACUGAAGUGGCAGCGGCUUGUUGAGUUGUAGUACGCAGAAGAAGACUUGAGAGUCGCGGAGCACCUUGAUCUCUAUAUUUCGCUUCAUUUCAUUUAUUAUACCCUCAAGGCUUGGAGGUUUUACAGAGGGGACUGGGUAACACGUAAAUUCAGAACAGUACUACAAGAAAAAAAAAUAAAAAAAUACAACAUAAAAAUACGAUUUGACAAAUAAUUUAGUAGCAGUACAAUGAGCAAUUACAAAAGCUAUUACAAAAAAGGACAAGAUAUCCAAAUACAUGAAACCGCAUUCUGGCAAGUAAUGUUGGUUAAGGCAUCACGAAACGAGAAAUUAUCGCUGAUGGACACAGUGUUUACGGGAAUCUGGUUCCAUGUACGUUGUUCCAAAUUGUCUUCACCUUGAAAGUUACAUGCGUUGGUGCUGGUACUCGUAUUCUGGUUUCGUCUUGGCAGUAAGCAAUUUGGCUUCGUUUCACGAGAACAACUGACUGUUGCGUUAUUUUCUCGAUUUUUGUUGCUGAUAAAGAAGUUUGUGCCCAUGCUGUUUCGAAUUCCUGGUGAUUGAGCGCUCAUGUUCUCUCGAAGAAAGUUCGUCUGCCUGCGAUGUCGUGGCAUCGUGCUCAAUCAUGCACUGCGGCCUAAUGUUCAUACAAGAGUCGUGUGACUUGAAAGUGCAUAGUGGCCCGUGCAUUUGAGACGAGCGGUAGAAUCCGUCAGAGGCUUCAACGACGAACGACAUCAGCGCUGCAGCUUGCUGAAGACGUAGAUAUUGUUGACUCAUGUACGGAGGUCAAACCUGGUUCAAUGUUGGAUUUCGAAGGAGCGAAUAGGCGUGCGGAUCGUUUAGUGCGCAGUGGCUUUUCUUUUAUUGGGAAUGUCAAGUUCAUGCUAAACGUGCGAUUGCGCGUCUUCUUCGUGGGAACAUCAUGGCAAGAAAAAUUCGCCGAGGAUCUGUUAAUAUGGGGCUUUGUUUCGGAAUGAUGAUGAUCGCUACAUCGAAACUGUGUGUGACUGCGACGACCCAGUUGAAAUGUCUGCAGCUCGUCGAUAAUGGAGGGGUCGUAAACAUUAAAUUGGCUGAUCAUUCCGUCUUCGAUUUUAUUCUAUUAUUCACUGUUUUCAAGUAUGUGCGUGAGUUAGAAGCGAAAUGCCGCACCGGUGACGUAAUCGUUGAAAUUUGCGACCAUAUCCCAUUGCGACCAUGAUGCAGCGGAUGCGUGGAACACAAAUAGGCGAAACCAAUCUUCCACGGGCCCAUCGUCCGCUGAUCCGGUGUACUUGGGUAUGACCAAGACUUGCGGUGAUGCGGUCAUGAUACUGGUCGGUGUCGGUGGUGGAGCUGUGCGCUCUGGAUUCACGCCGUGGUGUUGAGAACUUGCAUCAUGAUGUGAAGCCGAUGAAGUGGCUGGCAGGUCUUUAUUCUGUCGACUAGUGUGACGCGAGCAGGUGGUUGCAGACGCAGACAAACAUGGUCGCCCGAACACUGCCUUUGUUCUUCGUCCACCUCCUUUGUUCUUCGUCCACCUCCUUCUCCACUAUCGCAGGGCGUUCAAGGGCGUUCAAGCUGGUGACGCAUUCACUCUCGACAUAAUGUUGGCAGGUGGUCGGAAGCGCGGCGGAUGAAUGUGGCGCCACUUGAUGUCUGUAUAUUGGCCUAUCUCGCAUAUUUGGCGCCAUAACAUCUUCGCACCAAACUUGCACUAAAGCACACGCUUUCUUUCUGCCCUCGUGAAACUAUUUUGUGAGAAUCAUCGUGCGUUACAGCACAAGAACCUCGUACCGAAAGGGGUCUCCUUUUGAACUUCGUCCAUUAGCGGAAAAGUCAAUUUUUCUUUCGACAGCUUUUGUACGCCUACGCGGUCUCACCGCAGGGGCGUCCGUAUGGAGCGCUUCUGCGUCAUCCCUCCUCCCGAACGUACAAUGUCUCUUCUUGGACCACUGCCCGCGGCCACCACUGUGUACGCGCCGGCCUUUUGCGGCUGCAACCGAGCAGCCCGCGUGGACACCGCCCCCGUGCGCAAGAACCUUUCAGCGGUUACGCAGCGAGCGAGCACGCGCGUCGCAUGCAUUGCGCCUGCUGGGAAGGAGUCACCAUUAUUUCGUCACCUGGAGAGUCAGCGGGUACUACACACCACUUGCUAAACGCUCCUUAGCGACGCGAGAAAAGAGGAGCGGGUCCGGACGAAGAGGAGCGGGCGCGAUUAAUAGACAAACAACAAAACGCGUCGACGGCGACAACGAUAAGAAACGAGAGGAGAAGGGAGGCAACAUUGAGAAGGGCACUGGGCACGGGGCGCAGAAAGGAAAACCGUAGCUACGGUACGGUGAAGAGAGCAAAAGGAAACGAGCACAAAAACAGGAGGGUUACGGUGGGCGGGACUGGGAGCGGGGGUAUCUUCCCCAAAAGGGGGGUCCUCCUUUUUCCCCCUUCCCCCCACGUAACAAGGAGAAGCGGGCUCUUGUGCACAGAGCGAGCGUAGAAGUGUUGGCGGGGGUCUUGUGGGGAGGGUCACAAGAAGGGGGUGUCCACAUAACGCCGGGGAGGCAUGCGCGGUGUCCCUUCCUUCGGCAGGACCCUUGCCCCCUACCCAUGGUGACAAAAAGAAAGGAAAUAAAAAGGGAAAAACGAUGAACAAUGUCGCCUGUUUCCUUCUCGCCACGUCUUCGUGUGCCUUGAAAAGAAAGCUGCUCACUCGGGACGGCGUUAGAACGCGAGUUCUCCGUAAUCAAAGAGGCAGCGGUUCCUCUCCCGUCCGAACCAGCGCCACGUCGCACGCGUGCUUCGGAGUUUCGGACUGACCCUGGACGGGCGCCUGAGCGGACUUGUGUACUGUCUCCGGGGGCGCUAGAACCUGUGUGAGCUCGCUCGCUUCGCUUGACCUACGUGCUAGGCCUACGGGCCUGGAGAGUUGUUCUUCUUCUGGUCCUUCCCGGUGUUCAAGACAUGCCGCGCUGUUGACGAAGCUUCGACCGACGUAUUGCGAAGACGCCUACGGCCCGACCCGAGCCAUCAUGCAGUCGCCUACGUGCCACCAACAGUCGACGGCGUUCCUCAGAAGAAAGGUGAUGAAGCCCUUGAUGGAGAAGCGUCGCAGGGCUCGCAUCAACAACUGCCUCUCGGAGCUGAAGCGGUUCCUAAUGGCCAACGACGGCGGCACCUUUGAGAAGCAGAGCUCGAGGUCGCAACGCAUCGAGAAGGCCGACAUCCUCGAGAUGACCGUCAAGUUCCUCCGCCAGCGGCAGUUCCACAUCGAAGGUGAUUCCCACGAAGAAGCCGAGCGCACGCAGCGGUUCCACGAAGGUUACCGGCACUGCGUCUUCGAGGUGUCCCGGUACGCGAGCGCCAUGGAGCCGCAGCUGCGGGACACCCUGCUCACCCACCUGCAGUCCAGGCUGCACCACCUGGCGGCCAGCACGGGCAGAACCGGCGUGCAGCCGGCCUACGCGGACGAGGCCGUCUCGUCGACCAACGGCGAUGCGCCGGACCUGCGAUCGGGAGUCGGGAGUCCCGCAAGGCUGCUCGAUUACCGUUACGAGGCUGGCUCCGUGAGCGACGCCAGCGAAGAGGAGUCGUCGUCUUCGGACUACGGCGACGCGGCCUCUCUCGACGCCGAGCCAUUCGUGCGCUCCGGUUGUCAGGACGAACCUCGCGACUACCGCCUGCACAGGGACGAGAGGCUGGACCACGACGGCUCCAACGAGCCCAUGUGGAGGCCGUGGUAGCUGCACGACGGAGACGGCGUGCCGCUCGAGAGCGAACGAAAUUCCCAUAUGGUUGCGCUGUUAUCGAAUUCUGUCAAUCCGCGUAUAGAAGAGGUAAACGGAACGUUUCCUUCAUACAGCAACGCAUACUUCGACAGACCGGUUUGAUUCAAUAACAGGACAUCCAUAUAGCGCUGAAGCAGGGCCGCACAAGGCCGACCUGUAUGUGACCAGUUUGUCAGCGCUACAAUCGCUCGUUGAAAUUCUAAAACGGGAGAUCGUAUAGCAUAAAGAUUAGAUGUAUCAUUAUUAUUAAACACUUGUUUUCCUAAAUGGAGAUUGAAAGCUGUUCAAAGUAAUGUGAAAGCAUCACGAUGUUCGAUUUGCCGGGAAAAUCUGAUGCGAACUUGUCUUGUGUAUCCCUCCUGAUGUAUUCCCGCUUUACCGUCCCCCAGAGUAAGGUAGCCAACCAGACGCAUUUCCGGUUAACAUAGCUGUCAUCUCUCUUUAUUUCCUCCUCCUCCUGAUGUACCUGAGCAAAAUUAGGGACAGUUCUGAGGGCGGGUGAAAUGCCACAACUAGAGCAGUUAAAGAAAGUAUAUUCUGUACUACACUAUUAUGAAACAAGUUAUGUAGACAAGGUUAACAUACCGGCGUGCGACACAAUUGAUGCAGUAUAUUUUUAAUAGUGCGGAGCGCUGUAAUCAAAAGUAAAGGAGAAAAGUGUGGCUUUUAAUUAAAAGAGCACUUUAGCAAGUGUGAAGAUGCGGAUACGUGGAUACAACGCAUGCCAAGCGUUUGUCGCGCCACCUGUAUACAUCGGCGAUUCGGAAAAACCAACGAGACCACGGGGGCCGACAGUGCUGAUAUUUUAUAUUUAACUUUCAUUUAUUGCCUAAAAAACGUUCAUACGAUAUUGUACUUGAAUAGUUGUUGCACCCUUGCUUUUUGCAGAGAUGGGGAAGUCUAAGUGGCUUGAAAUGUGAGAGAUCAAAAUCUUUUCGCUAUGUACCAAAGAACUUAAUUAAGAAGUUGUUUAACUUAUAAAGGCCAUCAAAAUUAUUUUCGUUCUUAAGCGCUACGUUAUGCGUGAGAUUUCACGCGAAGGUGGACAUAGCCGCUAAGAUAAGAACUUACUUGUCGUGAAGUCUGUGCAAGCUUUUGAGCUGCUGACGCAAAGGAAAUACAGAUCCAGUCAUUUGGCAAACAGAAGUCGGAGCCAUGUGCCUUUAUUGUGUUUAACGAUAUGCAUAAUAAUAGGUUUUCUCUUCUUGAUCACGUGUCUGUUACGAUGGAUCACUUGCUCAACUUAAUUAUGCGUUGCGUGUCUGUAUUAGUUUUUGCAUCCGUAUUUAUUAACGUCCCUACUGGGACAACGCUUCGUGUUAAACGCGUUGAUGUGUAAAUAUGUAAAUAACAAAGGAAUGAAAUUGUUUGUUCAGGAUAAUUUCAUCCAGAUAUGUUUAGAGCGUGUAUUGUCAACCCACGUGAUAUAGUCAGAUAUGCUAUGCACUAAGCGCAUUGAAAGAUGCGUGCAUGUUAAAGAGGCUUGCGAUGUGCUGUUAAACUCUGACUGCCGCAUAGUGAGCACUACGUGAAGUAAGUAAACUGUCACCUGAUGAAAAAAUGACAAUAAAUAUUGAGUUGA